CGCCACAAACCUUCUCUCCCCACACAAUGACGCCAUGGCCACCCUGGCGCACGACGAGCUCAUCUGGGUGGCGUGCCCCGCGCGCGUGUGGCGCGCGGCGCGCGUGCUCUCCACCGGCGACGACGUCCUCUCCGUGGAGUAUGAGGCAGAUGAUGAAGUGGAAGAAGAAGGAGCUGAGAUCCCUCUGCACGGGAAAUCCGCACCGAAGCUCUUACGACGCAAUGCUGUCUUGGUGGGUGAGGGUGCCAUGCGCUACGACAACCUGACGGAGGUGCCGGAGCUGCACGAGGCGGCGGUGCUGCAUGCGCUGGACGCUCGCUUCCGACGUGCUCAGAUCUACACCUUCACGGGCCCCGUCUUGCUGGCGGUGAAUCCCUUUCGAAGCCUCCCGCUCUACGGUCCCGAACAGCUCCGCUCCUUUGGCCGCGGCGGUGCCACGAGUGCUGCUCCGCACGUCUACGGCAUCGCGGCGCGGGCGUUGGAAGGGAUCCGCGCACGCUACGAGUCCCAGACGGUGCUCAUCAGCGGCGAGAGCGGCGCCGGGAAGACGGAGACCACGAAGUUCGUGAUGCAGUUUCUAGCGUUGGCCAGCAAGCCAGGAGAAGAUCGAUCCAAACGUCACGGCGGGUUGUCUCCGGUGGAACGGCAAGUCUUGGGCUCUAACCCCUUGCUGGAGGCCUUUGGGAAUGCGCAGACCCUGCGCAACGACAACUCCUCCCGCUUUGGGAAGUACAUCGAGCUGCAAUUCGCCAAGCCCGCCGCCUUGGGCGACGACGUGCCCAACCCCCGGAUGACCGGCGCCCGCAUCCACACCUAUUUGCUGGAGAAAGUGCGCGUGAUCCGACAACAGGAGGGCGAGCGGAGCUUCCACAUCUUCUACCAGGCCAUUGCGGCCGCCCAGUCCCAGGACUCGGAGAUGGAGCUGGAGGGGUUUCGAGGAUUUGGGCUGGACUCCUUCAAGUACUUGAACAAGCAGGAGUCUCCGAAUGAAGUGGAGGACUUCGAGGCCACCUUGGCCGCGAUGGACGCCGUAGGCCUUUCGAAGACGGAGGUCACUCAAAUCUUCCGCACCCUUGCAGCCAUUCUCCACCUGGGCAACGUCACCUUCGAGUCCGCUGGUGAGUCCAGCCAUGUGGUGGAGAAAGGCCCUUCGUCCCCCUUGGCCCUGGCCGCGCAGCUGCUGGGCGUCGAUGCGCAGCGCUUGCCCACGGCCCUGACGCGCCGCGUGCGGCAGACGCCCGAGGGCUCCAUCACGUCGACCCUGACGGCGCCCAAAGCGGCGAACGGACGAGACGCCUUGGCGCGCCAUUUGUACCAUGCCGUGUUCAACUACAUCGUCCAACGCUCCAACACCACCAUUGGCUUUCAGCCGAACCUGAGCUUUUGUGGUGUGUUGGACAUCUUCGGCUUCGAGUUCUUCCAGUGGAACUCCUUGGAACAACUCUGCAUCAACUACACCAACGAGCUCCUGCAGCAGUACUUCAACGAAUUCAUCUUCCAAAAUGAGACCAGCCUCUACGAGGCGGAGGGCAUCCGCUGGGACGCCGAGGAUUUCCCCGACAACACCACGAUCCUGGAGCUGUUGCAUGGGAAGAUGGAGGGCGUUCUCCCGAUGCUCGAGGAGGAGUGCUUUCACGUCGGCGGCUCGUCAGAGGCUUGGUGCAACAAAUUGGUCCGGCUGCACGAGCGGAACAAGCACUUUGCCUAUGACAAGCUGAAGAAGGGCACCUUCAUCAUCCGCCACUUCGCCGGACCGGUGACGUAUCACUGCACGGAGUUCCUGGAGAAGAACAAGGACGAACUGUCGCCGGACUUGGUGCAAUGCCUGAAGGGCAGCGAGGAGCCCUUCGUGCGUGGUCUCUUCGAGCACUUGGAUCGGGUCUUCGGUGUGGGGCAAAGCACCUCGGACACCGGCCGCGGCCGCGUGCUCAAGGCCCAGCGCUAUUCCGUCUCGGGCGAGUUUCGGCAGCAGCUCAAGGAGCUUCUACAGCAGAUCCAAAGUACACAGCCUCACUUCAUCCGCUGCAUUAAGCCCAAUCCCAAGAACCAGGCCUUCCGAGACCGCGAGGCCACGAAGCCCUUCUUCGACCGCCCCAGCGUGGCGGAGCAACUCAGCUAUCAGGGAGUCCUCGCAGCGAUCAAGGUGGCUCGAGCCGGCUUUCCGGUGCGUUUCUGGCACAGCGAGUUCUUGCGUGGCGGAUCCCAAAGAGCACCAGAGACGGGGAGAUCCGGCCGGAGGUGUCCAGAAGGGGAAUUCCGAUGCCUGGCGCCGCUGGAGCUGCAGAAGGACCUGGAGGCGCUUGUGAAAGCUUUGACCUUGCAAGAAGACGAGGCCGAAGCCUUGCGCGGCGUCAAGCGGCUGUUGCAGAGCGAACGCGUGCAGGCGGC